GGACAUUUGGAUUUCACUUUGGGUUAUAAAUAAUGUUGCUACGGACAUUUGUGUUUAAGUUUUUGUGUGAACAUGUUUUUUUCUAGGGUAUAUACUUAGGAAGAAUUGCUGGGUCAUAAGGUGAUUCCAGGUUUAACUUUCUGAAGAGCCAGAGUUCCAUAGUGCCUCCACCGGUUAACAUGUCCACUAGCAAGGUGUGAUUUCUCCACACCCUCCCCAAUGCUUGUUCCUGUCGGCCAUUUUAAUCCUAGGCAUCCAGUGGUGUGGUAUUUUGUAAUUUUGUAUUUCCUUAAUGACAUAAGCAUCUUUUCAUGUGCUCAUUGUCUAUCUUUGGAGAAAUACCUAUAGAAAUCCUUUGCCCAUUUUUAAAUUGGGUUGUCUUUUAUUGUUGAGUUGUAAGAGUUCUUUAUAUAUUCCAGUACCAGUCUUUAAGAUUUGCAGAUACUUCUCCCAUUUGGUGGGUCAUCUUUUCACUUGGAUGGUUUGCAACACAAAACUGUUCAUUUAGGUAGUCCAACUUGUGUCCUAAGAAACAGUUGUCUAACCCAAGGUUAUGAAGAUUUGCUCCUGUUUUCUUUUUUUAAAGAUUUUUUUUUUUUUAAUUUAUUUGACAGAGAGGGAACACAAGCAGGGGGAGUGGUAGAGGGAGAAACAGACUCCCCGCUGAGCGGAGUGCCCGAUGUAGGGCUUGAUCCCAGGACCCUAGGAUCAUGACCUGAGCCCAAGGCAGAUGCUUAACGACUGAGCCACCCAGGCGCCCCUUCGAGGUGUUUUAUAGUAGGUGUUUUAUAGUUUUAGCCUUUACGCUUAGGUCUUUGGUGCAUUUUCGGUUACUUUUUGUGUGCCGUGUGACCCCUUCCCUUUGAAGGACUUUUCUGGCAAACUGCAUGUACGCUACUCUGCUUUCAUUCACAGGCUGAACUGAGUUACGUGGCUACACCCAUCUCAUCUGCGAGAGGCUGGGCAAUGUGUGUUUCAGGCACCUUGUAUCAAAUGUAGGUUGUGAACCUUUUCAGCCAUAGUCUAAACAAGUCAAUUCUAUUGCUUCGUUUUUCAAAUAAAUGGAUCUGGCGGGUUUUCACCUGCGAGGAUUUAGCAGGGUGUUCAGCGCGAACCGGCGCCGGCUCUCCCUCCCUCGGGGACCUGCCCCCAGGACAGCAGUCCCGAGGGACUUACCGGCCGUUACCCCCCCCACCCCCACCCCCCGGCGAGUUCGGGCUCUCGGGGGAAAUGGAACAGAGCCCUUCGAGCCUCCCCGCCGUCCCCCGCGUUACCCGCGGCCCGCCCCUCGCCGCGCCGCGCCCACUCGGCCCCCGGAGCCGCCCUCCCCGCGGAAGCCGGGGCGCGGGCCGGGCGAUAACGCCGCAGGGCCGCGGCCGCGGACGGAGCUGCCGUACGCCAUGACCGCGUCCGCCGGAGCGCCCCGGGCCCCCGUGGACGAGGCGCCGCCGCCCCAGCCGGAAGCGCGCACCUCGGAGCGCAGCUCGGACAGCAGAGCCGCUCAGCUCUCCUUCUGUACCAAGGUGUGCUAUGGCAUUGGGGGGAUCCCCAACCAGGUGGCCUCCAGCGCCAUAGCCUUUUACCUGCAACUCUUCCUGCUCGAUGUGGCCCAGGUCUCUGCUGCCCAGGUGUCACUUGUCCUGUUUGGAGGGAAGGUGUCUGGGGCAGCUGCCGACCCUGUGGCUGGGUACUUCAUCAGCAGAAGCAGGAGGACAGGGGCUGGACACCUCAUGCCCUGGGUGCUGGGCUGCACGCCCUUCAUCACCGUGGCCUACUUCCUCCUGUGGUUCCUGCCCCCCUUCACCAGCCUGCGGGGCCUCUGGUACACGAGCUUCUACUGCCUGUUCCAGGCCCUGGCCACGUUCUUCCAGGUGCCCUACGCGGCGCUCACCAUGCUGCUGACCCCCUGCCCGAGGGAGCGGGACUCGGCCACGGCGUACCGGAUGACCAUGGAGAUGGCGGGGACGCUGAUGGGAGCCGCCGUCCACGGGCUCAUCGUGGCGGGCGCCCACAGGCCGCACAGGUGCGAGGACGCGGCGCUCGCCGGGCCGCUCGCCGUCUCCCCCGACGCGACUCGUCUCUACUCCACUGCAGCCGCCGUGCUUGCUCUGACCUACCCCGUGUGCACUGGUUUGCUCUGCCUCGGGGUGAAGGAGAGACCAGACUCCUCUGCCCCAGCCUCAGGCCAAGGCCUGAGCUUCCUGGCUGGGCUGGGCCUCGCUGUCCGGCACCCGCCCUACCUAAAGCUGGGGAUCUCCUUCCUGUUCAUCUCAGCAGCCAUUCAGGUGGAGCAGAGCUACCUGGUCCUGUUCUGUACACAUGCGUCCCGGCUCCAUGAUCACGUCCAGAGCGUGGUGCUAACCAUCCUGGUCUCGGCUGUGCUGAGCACCCCGCUGUGGGAGUGGGUCCUACAACGAUUUGGGAAGAAGACUUCAGCCUUCGGGAUCUGUAUGAUGGUGCCUUUUGCAAUCCUGUUGGCUGCUGUGCCCACUGCACCUGUGGCAUAUGUGGUGGCCUUUGUAUCUGGCGUGAGCAUUGCUGUGUCCUUGCUGCUACCCUGGUCCAUGCUUCCAGAUGUGGUGGAUGCCUUCCAGCAGCAGCACCAGCAUGGCCCAGGCCUAGAGACCAUCUUCUAUUCAUCCUAUGUCUUCUUCACCAAGCUUUCUGGCGCAGGCGCCCUGGGCAUCUCCACUCUCAGUCUGGAGUUUGCGGGCUAUGAGGCAGGAGCCUGCAAGCAGGCGGAGCCAGUGGUGGUGACCCUCAAGGUCCUCAUCGGGGUCGUGCCCACCUGCAUGAUCCUCACCGGUCUGUGCAUCCUCAUGGUUGGCCCCACUCCAAAGGUGCCCAGCCAGGACCCUUCCCGCCGGCAGAGUCUUCAGAGGAGGACCAGCUACAGCCUCGCUUGAGGGCUGACCUUGUGUGGGCUGGAACAGCAGGAGCCGGCGUCUUCAGGGCUCGGAGUCCCUCUUUCUUCUCAGUCCCUUAGCGCACCGACUUCGAAGGUUACACGUGACCUGUCUCUUCCCCUGGGAUAUGGAGUCUUCAGGCACACCUCCUGAAGGGAUUGGCCUGGGCUCCAGGACCCUCGCCUGCCACUUCUUGCUUGUUGAGCACAGACCAGGUCAGAUAGGCCUGUGCCCCGGACCACCCAGCUCCAGGUAACCUUGACCUGGAAAGCAUCCCAAGAGCAACUAUUCCUGGGAAAAGGAAGCCCCACAACUUGCUCACCCGACAGGACAGAUGCACAGACCUCCUGUUCUUCCCGAUGCUCCAGUGGACAUCUGAGAGGCUGACAGGCACCACACGAAUGGGCAGAGUGGGGACAGACGGACAUGUUAGGGAUGACAUCAGGAGAGACACAGAUAGAGGCACUGAAACCAACAGACCCCAGAGGGAGCAAAUGGGGACAGCAGGUGGGGAGGAGACUGAGCUGGACAUGAGAGGCAUUUCUCAAGGCUUUAGGCUUGUUCAGAUAAGCCGGCAACAGUUUCUGGAAUCAGACACAGACUGAUAUUGAGCUACCAAACAUCAAUCAUUUUUAGGAACAAAAGUUUUUUUUGUGGAAAUACUUUUCUGAAAUUGUAUCUUACAAAGGCACAGGGACCACAGUUUUCUAAAGGCUGUAUCUUUGGGGAAGAAAGAUCUACUGAGGUUUAUUUUAAAAAUAUAUAUGUAUAUAUAUAUUAAAGGCU